ACGCCUUAUCGCAGAUUCUCAAGAUUUCUUCACUUCAGUAAAUAUGUCGAAUAUUGAAGUUCCUAGAAUGCCUGAUGUUAGAUGUGAUUGCAACAGAGUUAUUGCUAAAAAGAUUUCAAACACCAAAUUGAACCCAGGUCGAGUUUAUUACAAAUGUGAUCGUUGUGACUUUUGGAAAUGGGAAGAUGAAUUAACAAAAAUCAAUAGAAAUCUCCGAGAUAUUACACUAAUUUCAAACAGCAGAGAAAUGCUCGUUCCAAUAACGACUCCAAAGUCUCCACCAAACCUAAACAAUGGACUAACAAAUGGACUAAUGAAUGGUCUAAUAAAUGGACCAACAAAUGGACCAGCAAAUGGACCAACCAAUGGACUAACCAAUGGAUUAGUCAAUGAACAAAUAAAUAAUAGACAUUUUUCUACGAAUUUGAGUAACUCAUCCGGAGAGAGCGAGGUCCUCGUUGAAGCUAGUUCAUUUGGACAAAGUGCGGCAGUUCUUACACCAGCAAAUAAACAAGAACAGUUAAUUAAAGCAAAAAUGGCAGAAAAUAAUUUUUUAAGAACUGAAAUUGAAAAAACGAAGUAUGAAUAUGAAAACAUGAAGAUUGAAUAUAAAGUAGAACUUACUGAAGGAAUUACUUAUUUAGAAAUAGAGCUAGAAAAGAAGAAUAACAUUGUUGACACUCGAGAGAUCGACCAUUUAAGAUUACAAAACAAAGAAUUGGAAAAUAAAAUUUCCGAUUUAAACGGUAAAAAUGCUCAACUAAUACGUACAAUCGAUGAUUUAACUACAAAACUAGUUUCAGAAACAGGAAAGUUAAAUUUAAAGAUAGGCUCUUUAGAAAGAGAAAUUUGGGAUUUAAGACAAAGAACCAAAUUGAAAGAUGAGGGCAACAGCAAUCCUUCUUUAGGAUCUGAAGACAUACAUUUUUAUAAAAAGGUUAUCGAAGACAAUUCAGAUCUAAAGGAACAAUUAAGAACAACUAAACAAGAGAAUUCCGAUCUCAAGGAACAAAUAAGAACAAUUAAACAAGAAAAUUCCGAACUUAAAAGUCCUCAUCAGGUGGAUGAUUUAUAUCUUAUGAUCGAUAGACUAACAAAACGUACAAACGAAUUAAAUGAUGAAAACCAGACUUUGGUAAAAGAGAAUCAGGAAUUGAGAGAUAAAAAUAAAAUUUUGAAAAAUUCCAAACGUUUAAAAAAUAACGAUUUGUAG